AUGUCUCUCGACCUCGACUGGUCCCUCCUGGACGAGACUCUCGCAGUCCGCUUCCUUGAAACCAUCAAUCGAGCACUCGAAACCUCCGCUUGCAAACGGCCUUCCUUCAUGGGCGAUAUCCACUUCUCAAACCUUCAAUUCGGUUCAGACCCACCCGACGUCUCCAUCCGCUCUAUCACGGACAUCUGGCCAGAUUUCGUCUCGCUUGAUGAACCUCCCCUCCGUCGCAAAACACGGCAUGCAACACCAGCAUCAAAUGCAACCACUCUUGUCGAGCCUACCACUGAAACUUUCCCCCUAGGUGGUGCGGGUGGGGGCGAGAUGCCAGUAAGAACGUAUACUCAGUUCGAUGACGCUGUUGCACCGCAUAGGGUUUAUGGACCGGGGAGUGUGGUGGGGAGUAGUGUGCCCGGCACACCAGGUGUAGGGGUGGGAUGCUACCAACAAUGGUCCACAGCUUUAGCUUCGCGAGGUAUCCGCGCUAGCGGAGGGGCAGGAGGAGGUAGCUCCUUAGCCCAAACCCAAGUAACCAGCCCCAUCGACUCAAUACCUCCAUCACCAAGCUACUUUCAACACUGGCAACAACUUGCCUCCUACAAUUCUCGGCAACCUAGCUUCGAUGCCUCCUCCACCUCCUUCUUUGGUGGUGCCCCCGGACCUCAAAGCAGUGUUAGUCAAAUCGGCAUGAAACGAGACCAGAGCUCAAACUCUCUUCAUCCGCCUCAAUUUCAUCCUUCGCGGCCAUCACUUCGGUCGACUCCUGCUGCUUCCUUUCGAUCGCUUUCCGGCCAGCUUUCUGCUAGUCAGAUCGAAGAGCCCGCCUCCACGACCUCCUCUUGGGGCCUGCCUUCACUACAAAUGCACCUCUCGCUAUUGUGGCCAACAACAACGUUCCGCCUGACGAUCUCUACUAGCCUCCUAAUCAACUAUCCUAGUCCCGCGUUUAUGUCUUUACCCCUCCAACUCUCGGCGACAGGAUUUGUUAUGCGUGCAGGACUAAUUGUGGCACUGGAAGGCGAACAGCAUAGAGCGCAUUUAUGUUUGGUGGAGGAAGAAACGGAGAAUCCCGAAGAAGCACAAGGAGGAGCAGGGACGGGAGGAAGGAAGCAGACUCCAGGACAGAUUAUACUGCCACAGCUGACGUUUGAAAGUGAGGUGGGCGAGCAUGAGAAACAUGUUUUGAAGAAUGUAGGCAAGGUGGAAAAGUUUAUUGCAGAGGUGAUCAGGAAAGGGUUGGAGGAGGAAUUGGUUUAUCCGAAUUAUUAUACUGUUGAUUUGCCUGGGGGGAGGGGGAGAAGUUAA